AUGAUGUCCGAAAGACACGCAGCAAACCACACUUCUACUUCUCCCAAGCCAAGCAGCAGCAGCAUUGCCUUCUCCGGUCAAGUUUUCGUUCAAGCCGGCGAGAGCUCCAUUUCAGACCUGGCCGCGCGACACAAGCAAGGCUUCGACCGUCUGAGGAGGAGCAUGGCCACUUCCGCCGUCGACAGGGGGCUACGCGCGAGACAGGUGCUCCGAUUCCUCCGCAGCUCCGACGAUAGCCUGGAGACGCACCGUUUUGAAGCAAACGCUGAACUGGAACGGAUCGAUCCCGGGCUCAAGGCUAUCACGCACCUGGCGUCCACCACCGAUGAGAAGGAAGAUGAGGAGGUGUGGAUGACGAGUUGGGUCAAGAACAAGGGGGCGUUGGCGGGGUACAUAAAGAAUCACAUGAGCAAGUGGCUCGUUCUCGCACCGGUGAGAGGAAUCGAGGCCGGUGACGUUCAAGAUCGGGAUACUGGCGAGGAUAUCAGACACGUCCCGGGAACCUUCCCAGCCUUGCCUCCGAAUACACCUCCCACGUCUUCAUCUCCUCCAGCUGGUGAGGACAAAACGCCAACUGAGACGGCAACAGCAAGGCCAGUCAACACGGGUACAUCUCCAACGGAAGACGAGGCAGAGACUGAGGUAGCUCGUCGACUGUUCUCACAAUUCCAGCUUUCGAACGGACCCGCCCAGAGGCCUUCUUGGGGAACGAGGACCGACCUGGAUCCAGCUGCCUUUGGAUCUUACGUCUCUUUCGUCGAGGCCACAGCCCGCGAGAAGGGUAACAUCCCCGAGAUGAUGGCUGCCAGAGCAUCACAGCCGCCUGAUGGCACGGUCGACGCGGGAUGGUACGCUUGGUACCGGGAGAGCAAAGGUCAUGGCAAGCAGAGGAGAUCUUGA